AUGAGCUCUCAUACUAGUACUCCACAAAAGCCGCCCCCAGACUCAGAUGCUGCAACGAUUGCCACGACUGAUUCGGGAUUUGAAUCCGGGGUUAGUGGGCCAGAACAUCCCAAAGCGCCAGACCCCGGAAUACUGAUAGACGAUGAUUUAGCAUCAAUCAUAGAAGUCGAUCACGAUAGUGAUUCCGGCUACGAUGACGGCAGUAUUCGCUCCCUUACAACAUCUCUCGGCUCUUUAGAAUUCGAGCAUAUCCAUGAGCACGGCCAUCGAUACCAUGGCAGCGAUCGCGUUCUUUUACCAAAUGACGAAUCGGAACAAGAUCGUCUCGACCUUCAACAUCACAUCCUGAAAAUGUGUCUCGAUGGCGAGAUUACUGCGACAGACCUACCCCCAACCGUGCAGCGCAUCUUCGACGUGGGGACAGGCACCGGCAUUUGGGCGAUCGAGAUGGGCGAUAAAUAUACCUCUGCGCAAAUCACCGGCGUCGAUAUAUCGCCCAUCCAACCGGUCUGGGUUCCUCCAAAUGUCUCAUUUGAAAUAGAUGAUGUGACAAGACCGUGGCUUCGAACAAAAGACUCGAUAGAUUUCAUACACAUUCGAAACAUGGUCGGCAGUAUACGCGAUUGGAAGGAACUCUUCUCAGAAGCUCUUGAACAUUUGAAACCGGGCGGCCGGAUAGAGGUUACAGAUAUCAGAACGCAAUUUGAAUGUCUAGAUGACACGUUCAAGGAGAGAGGGAAAGCCUGCGAGGCGUGGAAAGAAACUUUUCAUGGGAUCGCAAAGGGAAUGGGAAUGGAUUUCGAUCCCACGCCAAAGGUGCCGGAAUGGCUCCAGGAAGUGGGAUUCGAGGACGUGCAUUUGGAAUCAAGAAUUAUACCGGUAGGGCCGUGGCCGAAGAAUAAAAAAUUGAAAGCGCUCGGGGCAUAUUAUCUGUCCCAUAUGUUAGAUGGAGGGAUGGAGAAUUAUUCUAUGAUGUUAUUUACAAAAGCCGGGUGGGAGGCAACAUCUGUUCAUGCGCUGCUUGGAAAAGUAAGGACUGAAUUGAAAGAUCCAGGAAUGCACACUUUCACUCGAGCGUGUUUUGUAACGGGGCGGAAAAGUCUUUGA